AUGGAGUUAAGGACUUCUGGUGCUCUCAUGGACAGUGUGGAGCUGGUGACGAUGCUGGCUGGGAGCAGGGAGCGGGCAUCGCUGUCUGCCAGGCAUGCCGCUGGAAGCCAUCACCAUGCUGCAGGCAGCCGGCAGAGAGACAAGAGGGCUUUGGCUUCUCCCAGCACCCUUCCAUCCGCCGAGAAGACGCCACUGGUUUUGGCAGCCGUCAGCACCGAUUUGGCUGAGAGGGUGCUGGGCGGGUAUGGCAGGGCCCAGGAUGUGGUGGGGUUUGACAACGCAACGAGGACGGUGCUGCUACCUUCAUCUGCGGAGACUCAACGCCCAGCCGUGGGCAGCAGCCAUCACUCCCUAAGCAGCUCGAGUGCUGGGGAAAGGAUGUCCAGCUCCAUCACUCCUCCUGCGUACAGUUCAUCCACGUCUGCUGGCGGUGGAGAAAGGACGCUGCACUCGGUGACGGAUGGCAUGCUGGCCGGUGGCACGGAGAGCUCCGCUUCCUACGCCGAAACCACCAGCUCCCCGGGGCCGGCUCAGCCUGCGUCAGCGGAGCAGAGCCGGACAGCCAACACCUCCACCAGCAGUGGGGGCUUCGCGGGCUUUGCGACGGAGACGCUCUUCACACGUUCUUCCAAGAUACCUACUUACUCUUCUUUCCAAAACGAUCUCACAAGCUUUUCAAGUAGCCAUCAGCCAGUCAGUAGCAUUGAUGCUGAGAAAAGGACCUCGGUUUCUCAUACGGACGGCACAUACAUUUCAACCACAUAUACCAGAGGAGGAGAAAGGACCCUUCUGUCUAUCUCGAAUAGCAGCACCUCUGCUGACUCCUCAGAAAGCUCCACCUUUUUUGCUGAAAUUUCCAGCCCUUCUGAUUCAUCAAAAUCUUCUGUGGCGCAGGACAGGAGGAGCAACGUAUCCAGCGAUGGCAGUUUUGUUGAACCAUCUACAGAGCCGUUGCUGGUACACUCUUCCAAACCGUUGACUUCUGCUUCUGCAGGCAGCUCCAACGACAGUGAUCAAGCAAGCACCUCUGUAGCUACGACUGUGGUCAGGCGGGUGCCCUCCACAGCCGCCGUGGCUGGGAGCUCUCCCAGAGGUUCCAACAAGCACAAUGUCACGCACCAGCCCCAAAACAGCACCGCCUUCACCUCCACUGGGUCUCCUCUCCCUACAGCACCCACAGAGCAGCUUGGUGGACACAUCAUGUCCGUGUCCGUUCCCGCAACGGUAACGGAGACCGCCUUGCCGAGAGCUGCCACUGCUCAGGGGGGCAGCUUUGGGAAGGCAACGCCGCUGCUCACCACAGCCAGCGAUGUCCCGCGGGCUGGGCCAACGGGUGGUCCCCUUAGUCCCUCACCAAGCGCAACAAACCGCAGUGUCACCGUCCCUGUGGUAGCACUGACCACGGCGAAUCCUCCUGUGCUGACAACACUGGCCAGUCGCCAGCCAACCCCAGGUGGUGCUAGCACUGUGAAAGCCCACAGGGCUCAAACGCCAGCUGCCACUAAGCACGUGUAUACCACUGGUGAAAGCACAGAAGCUGUGGAUCCCACCACUGCAAGGCCUGGUAAAGUCACCGAGGAGAACAUCCCUGUUACGAGUCCUUCUGAAGCCCCUCCAACCAGCAAGACCACUGUAAGCAUGGCAACUACUUUGCCUGCUACCAAAUCAACCACUGUUCCUCUGUCGAGUAGCACAGCCAGGCUGAGGAUGUCGUCUCCGGCAACAGAUGUGGAUAAAUGUCUUUCCAACCCUUGUCCUGCGCUGGCCACCUGCAACAACACCCGUGGCUCCUAUAUCUGUCAGUGUCCUCUUGGAUAUGAGCUGGAAAAAGGAAAGUGCAAUUUAGUAAGAAUAUUUAUCGGCCAGGUCCCCCUGAAACUUAAUAUUACCCAUGGGAAGUAUGCAGAGCUCGUCCACGUCGAGGGUGAAAUCCUGUCAAUGCUCAAUGCAUCACUGUCGGGCUUGCCAGGGUACCACCACUCCACCGUUAAGGCGACCAGGGAGGCAAAUUUUGUGCAUGUUUCAGUGCAAUCCACGUUCUCUUUAGCAUCCAACGUGACUUUCUACGACAUUGUCAGCAGCGUGAAAAGCUACAUUCGAGCUUGCAAAUCCCCCACCGAAGCCUGCCAAUUCAUCUCCAGCCUGAAACCACUCCACAGAGUUGGCAGCUUGUGCAAGCAGAAAGACCCCGAAUGCGACAAGGAAACUUCUGAAUGCACCGACUUCGAUGGAGUCGCGCUCUGCCAAUGCAAAAGUGGGUACUUCAAAUACAACAAGAUGGACCACUCCUGCAGAGCCUGCGAAGAUGGAUAUAAGCUGGAAAACGAGACCUGUGUGAGCUGCCCGUUUGGCUUAGGUGGAUUCAACUGUGGAAACCCGUAUCAGCUCAUCACUGUGGUGAUCGCGGCUGCAGGAGGGGGACUUCUGCUUAUCAUGGGCAUAGCACUGAUUGUCACUUGCUGCCGGAAGAAUAAAAAUGACAUAAGUAAACUCAUUUUCAAGAGUGGGGAUUUCCAGAUGUCACCAUAUGCUGAAUAUCCAAAGAACCCCCGGGCACAGGAGUGGGGCAGAGAGACCAUCGAGAUGCAGGAGAAUGGAAGCACCAAGAACCUGUUGCAGAUGACAGAUGUGUAUUAUUCGCCAACUGGACUGAGAAAUCCUGAACUGGAAAGAAACGGACUUUACCCUCCCUACACUGGUUUGCCUGGAUCUCGACAUUCAUGCAUCUACCCUGGACAAUACAAUCCAUCCUUCAUUAGUGACGAAACCAGAAGAAGAGACUAUUUUUAGCAGGGAGUGGAGAGGGAGUGGAAGAUUGACACAGUUUUGUGGCCCUUGAUACCCAGGUACAAUCUGUCUCCUGGGCAGUUCAGCCCACAUCAAUCUUACUCUUCCCAUUUAACAGGAAGGACUUUGAACUUCAUGCCGAGUGUUGCUGCCCUGACGAACGGUUACACUUGCUGAGCAGCAGAGAGAAGGAGGAGGAGGGAAUGGCUCAAGGUGCACAUCACUAAACGACCCAGGUGGAAGUUAACACAUGUACUCCGAAUUUGUUGUGUACUGCUUCUUCACUCUUUACGCUACAUGGCAAGCAUGAAUCAGUACAGGCAGAUGAACUGUGCCCAGCACUCUGCAUUAAAUACCACUAGGGAAUGUUUUGUUUACAGAUCUUGUUCACUGUUGACUGUGCUUGUCUUCUUAGCCAACCUUCAUGCAAAGAUUCACUGUGCAACUGCUUUUGGUAGGGCAAGUUUGUCCACUCCUUUUUACAUUGCUGCAUUGCUUUCUGCUUCAUACACGACAGCGAAGCUGGCUUGUCUUCUAGCCCU